AUGCUGUAUCUACAACUUCAACGAAUCGUGUCGUUGGUGAAGCGACAAGCGACCAGCGAGCAUCGAUCGAUCAGCUCGAUGCGAACAGAUCGAUCGGGCUUCGUCUGUUGCACGAGGAUCGCCUUCGCACUCGGCAACAGUGGCUUGAGGACGACAACGGGAAUUCCACCGCGGCUCCUGAGCAAAGCUCCCUCCUUACCUUGGAACAAUUCGUCCACCGACCGACCAGCGGGAUGGCGUCUCAACUGCGGGCACGUUUGGCGUCCCUUGACAGACAAGCGAGGCGGCUUUUCUCAUGGGUCGCGAACCCUCUACCAACGGCGUUUGACAGCGGCUGCUGCUUGUCACUGCACCCUCGGGUGUUCGUGUCGGGACAACAUGGGGAGCGACGUGCAGCGGAAGAACAGCUUUCACAACCCUGCGGCUGGGAUGCGGAAAAAAGGUGGUGUGGACAGGGUUGCAGCGGACGCCGUUGACAGCCAGUCCGAUUGA